AACUUGUCAACAUUCAGUUACUAGAUUUAAUAUUGACUUCUGUGACUUGAAUUAUUUUUCUGAAAAUAGUAUAAGUUUUAAUGUCUAAAAUAAACAAUAGUUCAGUUUAAACAAAAAAUUGAAUAUGGGGAAAACAACGAAAGUAAUUGUUUGUGGAAUGAAAGGCGUAGGAAAAACAGCAUUGUUAGAACAGCUUAUAUACGGAAAUGUCAAUGUCAAAACGGAAAUUCAUCCUACGAUCGAGGAUAUUUAUGUUGCAAAUAUAGAAACGGAUCGCGGUUCGAAGGAAAAAGUACGAUUUUAUGAUACCGCUGGAUUGGAAUCUCUUCAGAAUAAUUCAAAUAAUCAGCAAUUACCGCGUCAUUAUCUUGGUUUUGCCGACGGAUAUAUUUUGGUAUAUGAUACUGCAAAACCUGAAUCAUUAGAUGUGCUUUUCCCUUUGAAGAAAGAUAUUGAUAGAAAUAAAGAUAAAAAAGAAAUAACCGUAAUUGUUGUUGGAAACCGAACUAAAGCUGAAGAAGAAUCUCAUAGUUUGGAGAAUACAGCAAGUAAAGCUGCAAAUUGGUGUACUAGAGAGAAAUUGAAACAUUAUGAAGUAAAUGUUAUGGAUAGGACUAGUUUGUUUGAGGCAUUUGUUAAUUUAUCUUCUAGAUUAAAUCCUCCUACAAAUAAGAGUACAUUUCCACAGUUAAGUAUGGGUAGAAAAAAUAUCAAAGUUGAAGGACCUUAAAUACGUUUAUUUAUCUAUUAAUCUUAAUUAAUCAUAUUUAAUUAUCUAUAUCAAUGUUAUAUUUUUAAUCAUUGAUAUUGAUAUUGAUUGAUUUGAUAUGCUCAAAUUAUAUCUAUAUAAAAUAAGUAUAUGUUCACGUACUUAAAGCAUUAAUUUAUUCAGGUUUGUAGUAACGUUUAUAAAAACUUUUUUUAAUCA